GUUACCGAUGUUGUAAUCAUUCUUGAUCAGCAUGAAGAAUAUACGGCUCUGCGAGAGUGUAUCACUUUGGGAAUCCCAACAAUUUGUUUAAUCGAUACAAAUUGUGACCCCGACCUUGCAGAUUUUUCGAUUCUGACGAAUGAUGAUAGGGGCAAUAUGAAUGUGCUAUCAUGUUCCAUUAAUACACUAAAAGGGUUAUACGAUAUCUGGGGUCAAAGUAGGCCAACAUUUCUAUUGACAAAUAGGGGGUUUCCAAGUCCACGGCCAAGUACUUAUUACCUCUUGGGUUGUAAUUGCUAUUUUAUUAAGUUCAGCUACUAUAGGUGUUCGGAACCCACAAAGCAUUCCUACCGGGGGUCAGAAUUUCUUCGAAUAUGUUCUGGAAUUCAUUCGAGAUGUGAGUCAAACUCAAAUUGGAGAAGAAUAUGGCCCUUGGGAGCUCUUUUACCUUGGAAAAUCAUAGAAUUACCUCGUGGAGAGUUAGCUGCACCCAGGAAUGAUAUAAAUACUACUGUUGCUUUGGCUUUACUCACAUCAGUGGCAUAUUUCUAUGCGGGUCUUAAAAAAAGGGGACUAAGUUAUUUCGGGAAAUAUAUUCAACCAACCCCAAUUCUUUUACCCAUUAACAUUUUAGAAGAUUUCACAAAACCCUUAUCGCUUAGUUUUCGACUUUUUGGAAAUAUCUUAGCGGAUGACUUAGUAGUUGUUGUUCUUGUUUCUUUAGUAUCUUUAGUAGUUCCUAUCCCUGUCAUGUUCCUUGGAUUAUUUACAAGUGGUAUUCAAGCUCUUAUUUUUGCAACUUUAGCCGCGGCCUAUAUAGGUGAAUCUAUGGAGGGCCAUCAUUGA